UCAUCAGCCAGGAUGCCAACCCCAAACGCCUCCAGUUCUUCAGCCAAAGGCUUCCGGCGGGCAGUAUCGGAGCUGGACUCUAAACAAGCCGAGGCCAUCAUGUCUCCACAAUUCAUAGGUAGACGUCAGAGUCUUAUUGAAGAUGCCAGAAAGGAGAGAGAAGCUGCUGCAGCUGCUGCAUCUGAAGCUGCUGAAUUGACUGAGACCAUUGUCUUUGAUGAGAAGGAUGGGAUAGCCGUGUUGAAUCUUCUGUUCACACUUAAAGGAGGGAAGACUUCACUCCCAUCUCGUGCACUUAAAAUCUUUGAGACCUUUGAAGCCAAAAUCCAUCAUUUGGAAACAAGGCCCAGUAAGAAAGUACAAGAAGGUUCUACUGAGCUGGAAUACUUUGUGCGAUGUGAACUCCAUUGCUCUGCACUGAGCACAUUCAUCAGUUCCCUUAAAAGGGUGUCAGAAGAUGUAAGGAGCACAAAAGAAGACAAGUUUCAUUGGUUUCCAAGAAAAAUUUCGGAGUUAGAUCUAUGUCACCAUUUAGUUACCAAAUUUGACCCUGAUUUGGAUCUGGAUCACCCAGGAUUUUCUGACCAAGUAUAUCGUGAGCGAAGGAAAAUGAUUGCAGAAAUUGCUUUUCACUAUAAACAUGGAGACCCAAUUCCUCGAGUUGAAUACACAGAAGAGGAGAUUACUACUUGGAGGGAAGUGUAUAGUACUUUGAAGAGUCUUUAUCCCACUCAUGCCUGCAAAGAACACCUGGAUGCCUUUCAUUUACUGGAGAGGUACAGUGGCUAUAGUGAAAACAACAUCCCUCAGCUGGACGAUGUCUCUUGCUUCCUGAAAGAGAGAACUGGAUUCCAACUCCGACCAGUAGCUGGCCUUCUUUCAGCUCGGGAUUUCUUAGCCAGUUUAGCCUUCAGGGUGUUUCAGUGCACACAGUACAUCCGGCAUGCUUCUUCUCCCAUGCACUCUCCAGAGCCGGACUGCUGUCAUGAACUUCUGGGACACGUACCAAUGUUGGCUGAUAAGACAUUUGCACAGUUUUCUCAGGACAUUGGACUUGCAUCUUUGGGUGCAACUGAUGAGGAGAUUGAAAAACUUGCAACACUUUAUUGGUUCACGGUGGAAUUUGGGCUCUGCAAGCAAAAUGGAAUUAUUAAAGCCUAUGGAGCUGGCCUUCUCUCUUCCUAUGGAGAACUCAUACAUUCUUUGUCUGAUGAACCAGAACUACGGGACUUUGACCCUGACGUUACGGCCAUGCAACCCUAUCAAGAUCAGACCUAUCAGCCUGUUUAUUUCGUAUCAGAGAGUUUCAAUGAUGCCAAAGCUAAACUCAGGGUCUACGCAGCACAUAUCAAGCGACCUUUUUCUGUGAAAUAUGAUCCUUACACCUACAGUAUUGAGCUCUUGGACCACCCACAGAAGAUCUGCCACUCCCUGGCAAAUGUGCGUGAUGAGCUCCACUCAUUAAUUGAUGCGCUCAAUAUUAUCAGCUAACACAAGAUUUGGACACAAGCCUUUCCCCCCCCUCCAAGCCAAUGUCUUUUACUGUACCUGCAAACUUGGUUUCCUGCCAUGGCUACUAUUCACUGCACUGUUUGGGCCAACAAUGUCACUAUGAUUUCUUUUAGGGUUUUGUGUUGCUUUCUCAUGCCACAAUAAUACCUAUGGUGUGAAUUGUGCCCCACAUGCCAUGAUAUGCAGGCAUUUUAGUGACAAGCUUGGUUGAAGAAAGGAAAGUAAAUGAAUCUUAGGAGCUUAAUCCUGAAUCCCUUGGGUAUUUUUUUUUUUUAUUAAUAGCAAGGGGUCUGGAUUGGAACAGAUGCUAUAGGAAAUAAUUGCACAGCACACUGUAAAUUCCCCUUUAAAGAGAAAGAAAAGCAAUGUGUUCCCAAAACAUUAAUUGUUCCCCCAAAUUAUAUUUUUAAAAUUAUUUAAAAUAUGAGAGACAAGCACAGAAGAGACCAAAUAGUUCCUUACACUACCAGGUUCAAAACAGUUUAACUCCACUUUCUGAAACUCAGUUCUGCUCAAUUCUGCCCCCUUGGAAAUGAGAAGAACAAAACACCCAAAUCAAAAGAGGCAGAGAGAAGUUUUAAUUUUUGCAUCUCUGAGGAAGGCUUCCAUUAAAGAACUUGGUCAAUUUACUAGUUUAUUAUAUUCUUCAUGUUUUUGUCUCCUCCCUUUGUAAUUUUGCAACAUCUUCUAUGACUUUGUUUUUCCCAGAAAGACCAAACAUUCCAUUAGUAAUUCUUUGUUAUGAUCAGAAUUCUCUCAGCCCUUUUGCUUAAAUGGUUUCAGACAGGUACAAGCCUUAGGGGACUGCCCCACACUAAGAUUGUACUGGUAACAGGAGUUCUGAAGAAUUCCAAGGGAUGACUCAGAACAAGGCCCAAUGAACUUUUCUCAUCUGACUGGAACAUCUUUCUCAUCAUCUCUAAUCUUUCCAUCUGGGAAAAAUUCUUCCAGGAUGAGCAAAGUUUUGACUAAUGAACAUUGGCUACAGUUGUCGGUAGACUUGUUUUGUGGCCCUAUGAAACUCGGUGGAAUCUCUUGCCAAGCAUGCGAUAAAGAGAAGCACCGGCUUCUCAAAUCAAAAUGAGGUCCAACUCCUAUCAACAAACUGAGCUGACCCAGACCAGAAUCACAUCUGCAAUGCUGCUAAUGCUACCAUGUCACCAGCAGCACUUUUCACUCUACAGCCCAUCAUACUGUGUUAUCAGAUAGGUACUACUUGGAAAAUAGGGAGCGUGGAUUAGAAUCAAGUCCAGGUUCAGGUCUGUUCCCAUUAGUGCCACUUACAGUAGGAAGGAAGCCCCUUGGGAAGCCUAUAUGGAAUAAGUGAUUUCUGCUAAAGGCAGAAGAAUCCACAGAAUUGAGAACGAAGUCUUCUGAACUCUUAGACCCUUGGCAGCAACCGUCUGUCCACAAACCUAGAGUGCUGUGUUGGGUAGAAUGAAUAGCAGGAAAUGGCUAAUGGAUAUUAAAAGUGCUGAUCUUGUUCUUCUGAUUUCUUUUCCUCCUCUGAGGAUGAAGGUAAGUGAUGAAAUGUGUGGCAUGAUAUCUUGGCACAAGGUCUUUGACUUCUGUACUUGCAGCAGGGCUUUGAAUCGAGAUGUCACGUUGCACGUUUUGUCAUUUUUUGUGUGUGUAUCAAUAUGGCUUGCACUUCUGUCUAAAAACCAGCACUUGAUUGCUUGAAUGGUUUUAAAGGGCCCAAAUGGCUCCUGGUUCUGACCUCAGCAGGCCUACCUAAAGUGAGAGAAGAACCAAAGAGCACCACAGUGGUGUGAUGACUAACACAUAUAGUCUGUACUUUCCCUGUUCUGCUUAAUUCUUAGACUGUUGACUUCAGGGUUACAAUGCCUAGUCUAAUUUUAGGACAUUUCUGCUUCUUCUCCUUGCUCCUUGUGCCCUUCACCUGAACAACAACAUAACAAAAAGAAUCUGAACAAUUCAGAAACUUGAGCACACUUUAUUGAAACUGUAACUUGAUUGUAAAUAUUGGCCAGCCAGUUUCCAGUCUCAGGCCUGAAUGAGCAUCUCAACAUUUAAGUAUGAUAUUGUUCCAGUACUUUAUAAGCCUUCUGUCACCCUAUACCAGUGAUGGCGAACCUUUUAGGCACCGAGUGCCCAAACUGCAAGGCGCGGGUGCAUGCACAUGCGCCCUGCACAUGUGUGCAUCCCCAUGCAGGUGCAUGCACCCAUGCAUGCACCCGCACCCUGUGCAUGCGCCCACACCCCACCAAAACUGCAAGGUGCGUGUGCCCCACACAUGUGUGCACAACCCAUGUAUCCACCCACACCCCGCGCAUGUACAACAGAGACCCGAAGACCAGCUGGCCAGUGGAAGGUGUGCAUGCAUGUGCGGCAGAAACCUGAAACAGAGCUAGGGCGAUGGCACGCAUGACCACAGAGAGGGAAGUGCGUGCCACAUCUGGCACAUGUGCCAUAGGUUCGCUACCACUGCCCUAUACAGACUUUAAUAGUGCUGAAAGGCACUGAUAGCAUUCUGCUAAGGGAGCAAGAAAUGCCCAGGUAUGUCUUAGCACUAUCAAGGCAUAAAGCUUUUCAUUCUAAGACACUUCCUGUUCUAAAGUUCUGUCUAUUAGAGUGGAUGAAAAAAUAGAAGCUGGGUCACUUGAGAAACUAAACAGUCAUCAUAUUUUUUUGAAAAAGAAAGAAAAUGUAACCAUGUAUGUGUAGGAUUUUUGUUUUCAUUUUGCAGACAAGAAAAUUUAUUAAAAAUAUCCAUUCAACACGAACAGGGAAUCAUUUAUAGUAACCUUGUUAGGAAUGCAUACACUUAGCUUAAAGAAAUUCUCAGUGGCUAACUAUUCAAAUCAGUUGAAGCCUUCAUUAACUGCAAUGACUUGGAUGUAUUGUGGUACUUGCAACAUAAUUCAGGUCUCAUAAACAUUCUAUGGCAUUUACAGCACCAUAUUGGUUGAAUGCAUGCUAUGAUUUCACAAAAUCUCAAAAUGUGUUUUUUUUUUUUUUUGCUUACGAUAGAUAAGCAUAGUUAUCAUAGAUAACUAUGAAAUUUCUUGGAUAAUUCAUAAAACCUUAAGCUAACAAUUGCAAUAGUGACUGAUGAUGAUAGCAGAUACAAUCCACAAAUCUGAAAACGAAUAUGUCUGAAUAUGGUCUAUAUAUUCUAUGAAGCUAUAUGGAACAAGGAUGCCUUGAAAUGUCCUGAAGAGAUGGCAAAAGUAGUUAACAUUCUUCCUGGUGAGGAAAGUCACUGGUUGAAUUUCUUCCUGUUGAGAGUGAGACUCAAAAAGACAAUGAAGAGAUGCUUCCUUUUUUGUCUUGCUUGGUACCAUAUUUCAUGGUACUUGUGUGUGUAUUCACCAUACAGCUUGAAAGAACAGGUGCCAAUAUUACUGCUGCUAUUGCUGCUGCUAUUGUGAAGUGGAUCUGUUUCUCUUGCUCCAUAAAGAAUAUAUUUGUUUCUCAUGCAGCUGCUGCUGAUUUGCUAUGAAUAAAAUCAUAUUUCUGG